AUGAAAAUUUUACAAGGAAAACUUUUCCUUGAUUCCGUGGUUUUUCUCAGUGAAAAACGUUUGGUUUAUUUUAAAGGGAGAACUAGAAGAAAAUUUACAAUUCUAGCUUUACCACAAGUUUCUUGCUACAAUCCUUUACGUUGUUCUGUUGAUGAAUUAAAGAUAUAUUUGGGAACAAUAUUUGAAGUAAAAAUAGAAAGUUUGCAAAGAGAAAUACAAAACUGUGCUUUUAUAACUAAACGCAAUGUGAAUUUACUCUUCCAAGCUGAUUCCAUCAAGGAAAAGAUUUCGAACUCAUUUAAGCUGCCAACAAAAGCAUCCAUAACAUUGAAUUCAUAA